AUGACUGUUGCAAAUUCUGCUACUCCAAUUGCAGCGCUAUUCCUGGGUCCAGAGGGCACCUACUCCCAUCAGGCCGCUCUACAACAGUUCGGCGAUCAUCCGCAAGCCAAAUUUAUAGUCGCUGAUUCGAUACCGGAAUGCCUUGAGAGGUUGGAGAACGAUAGUAAUAUUGAUUUUGCUGCAGUUCCGUUCGAAAAUUCAACAAAUGGCCAAGUCGUCUUUACAUAUGACCUUUUGCGAGAUCGAAUGGCUAAGCAAAGCGAUGGAGGCGAUGGACUUAACAGAGUGAUCCCAGAGCUCGAAGUAAUAGAUGAGCAAUACGUGUCUGUGUCACAUUGCUUGGUAGCGUCUUCGCCGUUGAAUUUAGAGUCAUUGCCAAGAUAUAAGAGAAUCAGAAUUUAUUCACACCCACAGGUUUGGGGCCAAGUGGAUAAGUAUCUUCAGAAACUCAAGAACAGAUGUCCCCAAACGGUUGUAGAGAGGAUAGACACGCCAUCGACAUCAGAAGCCGUCAGGAGGACGGUCCAAGUCGAAUCACAAUCUGGCGAGAGGUCCGAGUUGAACUUGGCAAUAGCAAGCAACGCCGCAGCCAAGGUUCACAACGCCCAUAUAAUUGACCAGGGAAUCAAUGACAAGCAGGGAAACACAACCAGGUUUCUAAUUUUCCGCAAGAGAAGUGCAACCACCGUGCAGUUACCGGAUAGCCGGACGAAAGUGAGUCUUCUAACCUUCACAAUUAAACAGGACAAUCCAAGAUCCCUGGUGGACGUAUUAGCGGUCCUGAAGAAUCAUCCUGUAAAUAUGUGCUCUAUCAGCUCCAGGCCGUUGAAAGAGGAACCAAAGGGCAGAAAGUGGCAAUACAUCUUUUUCAUUGAGUAUUACUGCGACUCCAACAAGAUCGAUUGGGACGCAUUUUACCAAGAAAUCUCUGCUUCAUGCUCUCUUUGGUGCCUCUGGGGUACUUUUCCAAGAAAUGAGCUGUACUCUUCUUGA